AUGAUAUUAUAGAAGAUGCGAAUAAAAAUAUUAAAAAGGUGUUUCUAGCAGGGGUUGCACCUGAAUUUCGACAAGAAGCAUAUAUAAUUGGUCUUAAAUUAACAUUGGAUAGAUUGGCACAGGAGCUAGA